AUUAGUGAAGAACUUGUUCCAGCUGGCCAGAGAAAACAAACCUUCUAUCAUCUUCAUUGAUGAGAUAGAUUCCCUCUGUGGCUCAAGAAGUGAAAAUGAAAGUGAGGCUGCUAGACGGAUAAAAACAGAAUUUCUAGUCCAGAUGCAAGGGGUUGGUGUUGACAAUGAAGGAAUCUUGGUCUUAGGAGCGACAAACAUCCCCUGGGUUUUGGAUUCUGCUAUCAGGAGAAGGUUUGAGAAGCGUAUUUAUAUUCCUUUACCCGAAGACCAUGCCAGGGCUGCAAUGUUCAAAGUUCACCUUGGUUCAACUCCAAAUCUCCUAACAGAAUCGGAUUAUCGAGAGCUUGGAAAGAGAACUGAUGGCUAUUCUGGUGCAGAUAUAAGCAUCAUUGUACGAGAUGCGCUAAUGCAACCUGUUCGAAAAGUGCAAUCAGCUACUCACUUUAAAAAAGUAAAAGGACCAUCAGUGUCUAACCCAGAUACGAUGGUAGAUUUGUUCACCCCUUGCUCUCCAGGUGAUCCUGAAGCCAUAGAAAUGACAUGGAUGGAGGUUCCAGGUGAUAAAUUACUGGAGCCUCAAGUUUCCAUGGCUGAUAUGCUCAGGUCGCUCUCUAGCACAAAACCAACAGUUAAUGAACAGGACCUGGAGAAGCUAAAGAAGUUUACAGAAGACUUUGGUCAGGAAGGCUAAACCAAAGAUACACGUGGAGCAUCAGAACUUUGUAUUCUUUUGUCUUCAUUGGUGGCACUUCAAGUAAAUGCCAAUAAAAUCACUCCUUUCUUACUUUGCAGAAGGAAUAGAAGGUACCUUUGCAAAGACCCUUAAGCUUUUGUAUUGUAUUGUUUUCCUCAGAUGUCUCUUAAAUGUCUUUUAUUGAAAAAUAAUAUGAAAAUACAAUUUUUAGGGUGAGACAGCCAAGUAAUGUGGUAAAGUCUAUUAAAUACUAGAAAACUUUAAAUGGCUAGUUCAAUUUUAGAUAUUAUAUUAGACCUGGGUACAAGUGAGUUUUA